AAAAAAAACACAAGUUAAUAAUGUCCGAAAUCAAAGAAUUCGAAAGUGUUGACGGUGCUCUCAGGCAGCUACCCAAGGAGGAUUACGAUAGAGUCAGAAAAAUUCUAUACGGAAAUGAAACACAUGAAAUCGAAGUAUCAGAAGAAUCCAAAGAGUUGGCGUCGAAAUACAACAUAGAAUUGGUGGCAUGCGGCUUCAACUGCAAAGACGAGCAACUGAGGAGUCCCAAAGUGAUUCGCGUUGGGCUUUUCCAACACAAAUUGGUGCCUUUUCCCACUUCCACUCCUAUCCAAGAAAUGAAAUACGCUCUUUUCAAGUUCGCCAAUAAGGCUGUACGCAUAGCAGCCAGAGGAGGCGUUAACAUCUUUUGCUUUCCAGAAACCUGGAAUAUGCCAUACGCCUUUUGUACUCGAGAAAAGACACCUUGGUGCGAAUAUGCUGAAAGUGCUCAAUUCGGACCAACGACAAAAAUGUUACAAGAGUUAGCUCAGAUUCACAAUAUGGUCAUAAUAUCUCCAAUUUUGGAACGCGAUGAAAUUCAUAACGAUUCAAUUUGGAAUACGGCUGUAGUAAUUGAUAAUCAUGGUGACUAUUUAGGGAAGCAACGAAAGAAUCAUAUUCCCAGAGCUGGAGAUAUAAACGAAGCCAUUUACUGUUCGGAAGGUAAUUCAGGCCAUCCAGUUUUCGAGACUGAAUUCGGGAAAAUUGGGGUUUGCUACAGCCGUCAUCAUCCAGUUAAUUCCUUAAUUUUUGGACUAAAUGGUGCAGAGAUUGUGUUCAAUCCAGCUGCAGCUGGCGGCGCUGCAAACGAACCGCUAUGGCCAAUCGAAUCUAGAAGCGCAGCUGUUGCUAACGGAUUUUUUACUUGCGCCGUCAAUAGAGUGGGAACGGAAAUAUUCGAAAACGACUUCACUUCAGGUGACGGAAAGGCUCCUCAUAGAGAAAGCGACUACUAUUUCGGCUCUAGUUACGUAACAGCGCCUAAUGGCACUCGAUCACCUGGUCUUUCUCGAACCAAAAAUGGUCUUCUAAUAGCCGAGAUGGAUUUGAACCUUUGCCGACAAGUGAAAGACCAAUGGGGAUUUCAGAUGUCUCAAAGGUUGGAUCUCUAUGCGGAAUUGCUGUCCAGAGCUACAAGAUCGGAGUUCACACCUCAAAUUAUAAGGAAAGCGUGC